GGCAAUCAUAACAACAAUCAUGAUCCUCGGAUCUACUGUCAUCGGCUGGUUGCCAGCCUUCACCUACUUCGCCCUCAUCUGCAAAGACUGCUUGUUUAGUGAGCUGUGGAUGAUGGGAAAUAUGACAGAGGUCAUCAUCUUGAUCAUAGUCAAUUUUCUAAUGAUCGGCAAGACUGCAACAAAUAGCUACAUCUACGCAUGUCGCAUGAAGGAAAUCAAAAUAGCACUCCGUCGGAUGAGGCGACGGGUACUGAUGUGUCUCUUCGCUCCUCAAGGCGUCCACUCGGACUGGAUAACAACAGAAUUAACACGCACCACCAGCAGGCAAUCCACUUCCCGUAGUCGCACCUUUGUCUACCGCAUGAAUUCGUACAACGAGCCCUCUAAUACCAACGGAGCCUCUCUAGCCUACAGUUCGCUACGUCGUUGCCACUCGUCCACCACGAGCCAGUCAAGACAACCUAACACCUGUCUUUAAGUUCCAUCCACUACCUUCAUCGUGAGCCCUCCAACACCAACGGAGCCUCUCUAGCCUACAGUUCGCUACGUCGUUGGCACUCGUCCACCACGAGCUGGUCAAGACAACGUAACACCUGUCAUUAAGUUUCUUCCACUACCUUAAUCGUGAGCCCUCCAACACCAACGGAGCCUCUCCAGCCUACAGUUCAAUACGUCGUUGCCACUCGUCCACCACGAGCCGGUCAAGACAACGUAACACCUGUCUUUAAGUUCCUUCCACUACCUUCAUCGUGAGCCCUCCAACACCAACGGAGCCUCUCCAGCCUACAGAUCGCUACGCUGUUGCCACUUUUCCACUUCGAGCCGGUCAAGGCAACCUAACACCUGUUAUUAAGGUGUUUCCACAACCUCAGCCUUCCACAUAAAGUCGCACAUUGAAUCCUCCAACACUAAUAGACUCAUAUUUACCAACAUUUUGACGUCGCUGCCAUUAGUAUAUCAAGAGACGGUCCAAGCUGCAGGCAUUUGAUAUUUAUUUGUAUCUAUAAAAACCGUAAUAAUAAUCCUUACAGCUGUGAAUAGUUUUGCUUUUCAGGGUCACAUUGUUUAAUUUCUUAAGAGACUUAUUUGUUCUCUUGGGAUAAAAGUUGAGAUAUUGCACAUAGUCCUUAAAAGGCAUUUGCGCUGUUGCCGGAUAUUCUGAAUGUGUAAUGUUAAGAGUAAGAGACACCUCCUGUCUAGAUCGAUAAAAGAGGAUUUUGAGCAUUAAUCUUAGAAGAAGAGGAGGAUAUCUUUGAAAAAGUCUCGCGAGUCAAAGCGGUCAGGCGUGACUUGCCCUUAUGUCUGGGCUAGCAGUCAAACACGUCGGAAACCCCACUCCAUCAGUCAUCAACCGCAGUAGACUAGACCUAUUGAUUUACUUACCCUUGCAUCCCAAUAUUUUGACAUCUGCCUUUAGUGAUAUACCGCUCCCGGACAUCCAUGUGUUGACUAGAUUUAAUUUAAACAUCGGUGGAACAUUCGUUUUUACUUUAUCCUGUGUAGGUUCCUGGAAGGUAUAAACUAGCCAUAAGUGAGCCAUCCUGGCCAUUACGAGAGUUUUAUUAGAGAACUAAAGUUUUAUUAAAGCCUAAUGUUAAAACCUAGAGGAAGCUGCUAGGUUUUACAAUCAUAGUAUCCAGUUUUAAAUCAUAGGAGACAGCCUCUUAAAAGGCAGACUUACUACUUAAGACAAAAAAACCUGACGUACUGGGUGGCAGACCACUUCUUAAAAAUAUCUGCAUUGGUGAAAGUUAUAUUCAAUUAUACAGUCGUGUUUAAUGGAAUGUACAAGAAGUCAUUGCUGAAAUUUAUUUAUUUAUUUUAUUUUAUUUUCAUGCUAUAAAACAGGAAAUACACCCAAUUACAUUAUAGCAGUACAAACAAAUCAAAAUGUUAAAUAAGUGGUUUGAGUCCAAGUCCCAUAUCCAUUGUAUCACUGGAAUAUUUAUAAGCAAAAUAACUAUAAAUACAUAUUAUUCUAAACGUUACAUAGGCACUACUAUAAAUAAAUAAACAAUAAAUAAUACACAUUCAGAUAAACAACAAAUACAGUAUAUGGUAAUGACAAUAUCAGGAAAUUAGUUUCAUAAAUUAAUGGAAUUUUAAUUCAUAAAUUAAUAUUAAAUCAACAUUUAAUAAAUAUAGCUUGAAUUU